UCUGUUCACGCUCGCUUCACGCGCUUCCACGAGUGCACCCCCUCCCCCUGACACACACACACACACACACACACGCACCCGCGCGCUUCCCUCGCUGGGUUCAAAGCAUGCUCGUGCCGCUCCGGUGAUGGAGGCGAGCGCGCGCUCCGGUUCCUCCGCGCGCCCGAAGCUCUUCUUCCUCGCGCCCCUCUUCCUCCUCCUGCUGCUGCGCGUGCCGCCGUCCUCCCCGCUCCUGAGCCCGUUCAGCGAGUGCGCGCGGGGCCGCGGCGGCGGCGCCUCGUACCGCGGCUCGGUGGACGUCACGGAGUCUGGCGCGCGGUGCAUGAACUGGACCGAGGUGAGCGACGUGACCGCACGACAUCCGGGCAAAGGGCUCGGCGUGCACAACUUCUGCCGCAACCCCGACGCCAGGAUCCGUCCCUGGUGCUUCUUCCGCAACGCGCGUGGACGCGUCGACUGGGGCUACUGCGACUGCAAACAAGGCUCUGUUCGCUUGACGGGUGGCAGGUCUAAGUUGGAUGGGACAGUAGAGGUGUAUAUUAAUGGUGCAUGGGGGACGAUCUGUAGCAAUGACUGGGACGACAGAGACGCUCAUGUGGUGUGUCGACAACUUGGGCAAGGGUAUAAAGCGCGAGCCCGUGUGAGCGCCCUCUCUAGGCUGCCUCUGGCUGUAGUGCACUGGAGGACGAUAGGGUGCAGUGGGGACGAAGCUGACUUACUGCAGUGCCCUCGAUCAGUUUGGAAUGGAGGAGAGUGCCAGAACCAACAGGCUGCUGCUGUCACCUGCACUCCAGUGGAGGCUGCGUCAUUUGUUCCAGUGCGUCUUUCCGGAGGAGCGAGUGUGUAUGAAGGCCGAGUGGAAGUGUAUCAUGCGGGGCAGUGGGGCACAGUGUGUGAUGACCAAUGGGACAGUAACGAUGCUGAGGUUGUGUGCAGACAGCUUGGCCUGGGUGGCACGGCGAAAGCCUGGGUCGGGGCAUAUUUCGGCGCUGGUGUGGGACGGGUGCUGCUGGACGAAGUGAGCUGUACAGGAAAUGAACUCUCUAUAGAGCAGUGCCAGAAGACAGCGUGGGGAGAACACAACUGUGAUCACAGCGAGGACGCCGGAGUCUCCUGCACACCGCUCACAGAUGGAACGGUGCGCUUGGUAGGUGGGGCUGGAGGUUUUGAGGGAAGGCUGGAGGUUCACUAUCAAGGCCGCUGGGGAACGGUAUGUGAUGACGGCUGGAUGAGCACCAACACCCAGGUCGUGUGCAGACAGCUGGGUUACAGAUCAGGCCAGAGUGUGAACCCGGAGCGUUUCGGCUUGCCGUCAGGGCCGAUAUUACUGGAUGAUGUGAGCUGUACAGGGAAAGAGCCGGCACUCACACACUGUGCGAAGAGAGAGUGGCUUCGACACGACUGCAAACACACCGAGGACGUGGCUUUAGUCUGCAGCACCCAGCGCAUCGGACAUGGAGUACCUACCAGUGUACCAGUUCGAUUGGUGGGCGGGGAGAACGAGAGAGAAGGGCGUGUCGAGAUUCUAGUGGCCGGCCAAUGGGGGACGAUCUGCGAUGACGGAUGGACAGAUGAAGAUGCGGAGGUGGUGUGUAGACAGCUGGGCUACAGUGGUGAGGCCAAAGCUCGUGUCAUGGCUUAUUUUGGAGAAGGAAACGGUCCGAUUCACAUCGAUAACGUCAAGUGCACAGGAGCCGAGCGCUCUUUGGCCGACUGCAUCAAGCAGCCAAUUGGGAGCCACGACUGUCGUCAUAGCGAAGACGCCGGAGUGAUUUGUGACUACGGGCAACAGGAUAACAACACCCGGGUCAAAGAUGUCGCAAGCUCUGUGUGUGGUCUGAGGCCCGCACACACUCGGAGGAAGAGGAUCAUUGGUGGUCAGAACUCGCUCCGGGGUGGGUGGCCGUGGCAGGUUGCAGUGCGAUUGCGUGGAUCUCAGUCAGAUGGGAGGUUGGUGUGUGGAGCCACUCUGAUCAGAAGCUGCUGGGUGCUAACAUCAGCACACUGUUUCAAGAGGUACGGGAACAGCACCAAUACGUACAAAGUGCGCGUGGGCGAUUAUCACACCCUCGUCCCCGAAGAACACGAGGACGAAUAUGGUGUGGACCGAAUCGUCAUACAUCCUCGCUAUCGUCCACAGAGCAGCGAUUACGACCUCGCUCUGCUGCGCCUGACGCAACGCGGAGGUCACAGGGGUCACGUUGUGGAGUGCGUGCUCCAGAGUCACGCUGUGCUUCCUGCUUGCUUGCCAGAGUGGAGGGAAAAAGCACCAAAGGACUUGACCAAGUGCUACAUUACAGGCUGGGGAGACACGGGUCGUGCGUACUCUAAAACCCUGCAGCAGGCCGCCAUCCAGGUCCUCGGUAAGCGGCAUUGCGAGCGUCACUACGGCAAUCAGCUGACCAGCCGAAUGUUGUGCGCCGGCUCGGCUUUCAGCGGCCGCCAUGUGGACAGUUGCCGUGGCGACAGUGGCGGCCCGUUGGUGUGCGAGAGGGGUUCUAGCUGGAUAGUGUACGGCGUCACGUCCUGGGGUCACGCAUGCAGGCUGCAAGAUUCUCCAGGUGUGUACACCAAAGUGUCCGCCUUCAUGCCCUGGAUCACCAAGGUCACUAAUGAGUAGGACACGAGAUCAUCAGCAACAACAAAAAGCACAAAAGUGUUCCAACCAGAGGGGAAUUAUGGAUUAGAACAAGAGGACGUCUUGUGUACAGUCUAUAAUUCUGAAAAUUUACAAGCUGUUAUAUUGAAAACUAUGUGAAAACUUUGCUGUCUUCUAUUGGUGUUAGUUGUAGCACUUGGUGUAGAGCAGGAUUUUGGUUAUAGGGACCACUAUGAAGAGACACAGGCGGUAAUUGAGCAUGAAAUAUAAUCAGUUCAUGUCAACUCAUGUCACACGUUGCAGUCCGAUAGAGGGCUUUUUCCCGAUCUCAUCAGAUUCACGCACUCUGCUGUCACUAAGUAACAGACAUCAUCUCUGUUAAUGCCUCCCCGGAUAGAUGACAUCACUCGGAGAUGUGCCAUGCGCUUAGAAAAGCACCAGCACAAUUUAGCAUCGUGCUUCAAGAGGGGAGAAAUGUUCCCUGAAUGAAAAAUACAGUAAUACAUUUAAAUCAACACCUUCCAGCCAAUCAGAUUCAAGAAUUGUAGAAUGGAGUGUGUAGCAUGGUAGGAAAACAAUUUUAACAACAAAACAUUAUAUAAAUAUUACAAUAAACCUUUAAAAAAAAAGUUAAAUGUAACGAAAAAAAAACACACACAGGAGUAAUCGGUCUGCCAAUCAGCUUUCAAUGACAUUUAAAAACACAGAUUUCUAAGACAGAUUUAGAAGAUCUGUCAUUUUUUGGGGAAAACAAUUAUACAGAUUUAGUGCACAAAUUACUUAGAACAAUGCAAGUUCCCGUUUUUUAUGGUUUACUAACAAAAUGUGAAGCCAAAAAAUUGGAUUUUGCUUAUCACAAUUUUGAAAAGUCCCCUGUCAGUUAAAUCAGGUCCAAAACAUGGGACAGUUCAUUCAGAUGCAGUAUCAGAUUGAAAACAUUCACUAUAUGGACAGAAAGUAUCGGGACACCUGACUUUUCCACUCAUAUGUGAUUGUCUCUGGAUGCAGUAGCAUAAAAUUCUACCUUUACUUGAUCUAGAAGACAAAAACCUGUUCCAGCCUGAAAAUGAUCAAAUGCACACACUCUAUGAAGAUAUGCUUUACAUGGCUUGGAGUGGAAGGCCUCCUGCUGUAGAGCUCUGACCUCAAAUCUAGUGAACAACUUUGG